AGCAAUAAUUUCUCCACUGCCGGUGCUCUGUAACGACCGCAUUCGAACGUCACCGAGGAUAGGACUGAUUAAUUGCACGCAAACCAAUACUCUGAUACCUCCAUAAAAACCAAUCCGCGAAGGCGCGAACUCCUCCCUCAACUUCACUUCUCACUAGUUCACAACCCGACUAAGGCAACGAUGGAUCGACCCCCACCCGAAAGUCUCAUCCUCGUUUCCCGCGAUCCAAACGGCGUAGCAACCAUCACAAUCAAUCGUCCUAAAUCCCUCAACUCCUUGACCAAGGCAAUGAUGACCCGCAUGGCCCACGAGAUCAAGGCUCUAGGUCUGGAUGAUUCGGUCCACGUCAUCAUUCUGUGCGGAACUGGUCGGGCUUUCUGUUCCGGCGUCGACCUUACCGCGGCUGAGGACGUUUUUAAAGGGGAUGUUAAGGACGUGGAGUCCGAUCCGGUUGCGCAGAUGGAGCGGUGCAAAAAACCCAUUAUCGGUGCGAUCAACGGGUUUGCGGUGACCGCCGGAUUUGAAAUAGCGCUCGCUUGUGAUAUUCUGGUUGCUGCUAAAGGAGCCAAGUUUUUGGAUACUCAUGCUAGAUUUGGGAUAUUUCCUUCUUGGGGCCUUUCACAGAAGCUUCCACGCAUUAUAGGACCUGGCAGGGCUCGUGAAGCUUCUUUAACUGCCAUGCCUAUAACAGCUGAGCAGGCUGAGAAAUGGGGCUUGGUUAACCAUGUUGUUGAGGAGAGUGAACUAUUAAAGAAAGCACGAGCAAUUGCAGAGGCCAUGAUAAAAAAUAAUCAAGAUUUGGUGUUGAGAUACAAAUCUGUCAUAAAUGAUGGCCUGAAGCUGGACUUGGGUCGUGCACUCUCUUUAGAGAAGGAGAGGGCACACGAGUAUUACAAUGGAAUGACCAAGGAUCAGUUCAGGAAGAUGCAGGAGUUCAUAGCUGGUCGAAGUGCAAAGAAACCUUCUUCCAAGUUGUAGAUUAUAUAGAUUAGUACACCUUUUAAGGUGGAAAUAAACAAUAAACAUUUAUGUUAUUCCUGAAUUGUAGAAAAAUGAAAUGAAUAAUUUUCGUA